AUGAAGAGUAGAUGACUUUCCCUUCUGUCCCCUCCCCGACAGGCACUCAUGGUACCGGCGCCGGCGCAGCUGUGACUGACGCUGCAGACGGAAACUGACUGGGGUCAAUUCAAGUCAUGCAGGCUGUGAGAAACGCGGGGUCGUGGUUCCUGCGGUCCUGGACUUGGCCCCAGACAGCCGGCAGGGUCGUGGCGAGGACGCCGGCCGGGACCAUCUGCACAGGCGCUCGACAGCUCCAAGACGCUGCGGCCAAGCAGAAAGUUGAACAGAACGCGGCUCCCAGCCACACCAAGUUCAGCAUUUACCCUCCCAUUCCAGGAGAGGAGAGCUCUCUGAGGUGGGCAGGAAAGAAAUUUGAGGAGAUCCCAAUCGCACACAUUAAAGCAUCCCACAACAACACACAGAUCCAGGUAGUCUCUGCUAGUAAUGAGCCCCUUGCCUUUGCUUCCUGUGGCACAGAGGGAUUUCGGAAUGCCAAGAAGGGCACAGGCAUCGCAGCACAGACAGCAGGCAUAGCCGCAGCGGCGAGAGCUAAACAAAAGGGCGUGAUCCACAUCCGAGUUGUGGUGAAAGGCCUGGGGCCAGGACGCUUGUCUGCCAUGCACGGACUGAUCAUGGGCGGCCUGGAAGUGAUCUCAAUCACAGACAACACCCCAAUCCCACACAACGGCUGCCGCCCCAGGAAGGCUCGGAAGCUGUGAUGGGAAGGAAGCCUGCACUUGGACCUGACCUCAAGCCUCAGCUCCAGUGGGACCUUGUAAAAUGCUCCCUGUCAGAGCUCUCCAGAAUAUGCUUGUUGGAGAUCCUUCAGGCAGUAAGGGAGAGUUUUGCCUCCUUACACAGUGGCCUUUGCUUGCACCUCCAGCUGGAGAUGGGUGUGCCCCAGAAGUAAGCUUUGCGUCUCUUACAAGAGGGGAGCUACAGGGGCAGCCGUGGCCUAGGCCCAACCUCUGCUCUGAGAAAAUAAAUAUCUGUACCAUCUGUCAUAAUUUUGAGAUUUUUGCUUUCAGAGUUACAUAAUUCCUACUUCCUCCUGAAAAAGAGAGUGUGAAAUGAGCUGAGACCUCAGAGGAAAGUAAAAUAUAAAUGUGAGUUGCUAUUUACCAGACACUUUUGGUUUCAGAUAUUUCUUUUCUAGGCCCUUACCCAAGAUUUCUAGAGCUAAUCCUAGUAACUUUUCUUAUUAAUGACUUAUAAUUUGGCCCCAAACUGGGAGCUUUUUGCCACCUACCUCUGGAUUCUGAUGGAUUUCGCCAUUAUGGGCAUGUUUAAAGUUAGCCCUAAACACAGGAUUUUCUACAAGUGGACAGUCAAACUCCCCACACUAAAGUGGCAGUAAUCGUUUACACUCCAUGGGCUUCAGCAGUCCCAGCACUAAAAGCGGGGAGGGUAGAGUUGUACAAAACAUGAUUCUUGGCCAGGCACGGUGGCUCACACCUGUAACCCUGGCACUUUGGGAGGCCAAGGCGGGUAGAUCACUCGAGUCCAGUUAGAGACCAGCCUGGGCAACAUGGUGAAACCCCCUCUCUACUAAAAAUACAAAAAUUAACCAGGCAUGGUGGUGUGCGCCUGUAAUCCCAGCUACUCUGGAGGCUGAGGCAUGAAAAUCGCUUGAACCCAGGAGGCGGAGGCUGCAGUGAGCUGAGAUCCUACUGCACUCCAGCCCAGGUGACAGCGAGACUGUCUCAAAUAAAUAAAUAAAUAUAAAUAAAAAUUUAAAAAAUUAAAAAACCUGAUGAUUCUCUAGAAAAUAGGGCGGAUGGCAGGAUGGCCUUGAGUAGAGCCCAAAUCUAGAAGUGCAGAAAGCAAGUUGAUAAGGAACCUGGGUAGUGCCGGCAGUGGAGCACAACUCAGGACCCCCAGGCAGGACUGACUGCUCCUCUGUUGGGGCUCUAGGGUUCCUGGAUACGGCACAGAGGCCAAAGGUGGGGGCUCUAGAGACACGACCAGAGAGUCCCCUCUUCCACAGGCAAAGACUAAGGGUGAGAGUAUCGCCAGAAGCUGAGAAGGAGUGGUCAAGUACACAAAAGCACUGUUCCUCCCAGAUGAGUGCAGGAAGGGCUGCUGACCAGAAGGGGAAGGCACUGUGGAGUUUUACUUCUGUGUCCAGCCAGCUAAGUACUGUGAUCUGCCUGAACUCAGUAUAGGAAAAGACACAGAUACCCCCUUAAAUAGGCAAGAGGCUGUGUUAGGACAAAGAAAGGAGGAAGAUCAUGAACCAAGACAUGAAUUUAGAGGAAAAAUGCCUCCCUACUGCCUUCUCUUUAGUCCUUAGCAGGUCCUAUGAAGGCCAUCUUGUGACAGUGACCAAAGAAGCCCAACCGGAGGCUUCUUGGAUCAAAGCCACCGUCGGAAGGAAUUAGACUGUUUCACCGCAAAACUACAUAUAAACACAAUGCAUUAAAACAUGGUGCACUUGAAAAUUGCACUUUGCGAUUUGAUAUGGUUUGGUGGACAGAGGGCCCGUAGCCAUCAGACAGUUCAAUCAGGGUCUGAGCAGGAAACAGCUCACAAGGUUUAAGAGAAAAGCUCAAUGAAAGCUCUUUGCAGAGGCGUGGGUAAGAUUAAGGAAAUGAAGAAGGUGGACUACAAAGCAGCUGCCACCCUAGGCUAGAAGAGGCAGGGAAGAACAGUUCCUAGAACCUGGCAGGAGCUGCCACAGCAGCAGAGUGCAGCUCUGCCAAAACCAUGGCGUGAGGGAGAGGGAAGAAAUGCCUGGCUGUUCCCGGCCUGUAGUCCCUUGCUGGGGUCCCCCUUGGCUGAUCCCAAAAGGAAGCAAAAAGGAAGGGAACUCAGUGUUGUGGUACUUGGAGGCUCAGCCUCCCAGGCUGCAGAGUGGAUCUGGAGGGACACGUAGAGGAUAGCAAACACAGGAGGCUUCUGUGGCUCCUAUAAGUCCUCCAUACACCAUAGGUUUUUAUUUUGGUUUUGGUUUUUGAGUCUGGUUGUCACCCAGGCUGGAUUGCAGUGGUACGACCAUGGCUCACUGCAGCCUCAAACUCCUGGGCUCAAGUGAUCCUCCAGCUUCAGCCUCCUGUGAGCAUCUGGGACUACAGGCGCAUGCCACCACACACGGAUAAUUUUUGUAUUUUUUGUAGAGAUGUGGUCUCACCAUGUCGCCCAGGCUGGUCUUGAACUCCUGGUCUCAAGCAGUCCCCCCCCUCAGCCUCCCAAAGUGCUGGGAUAACAGGCGUGAGCCACUGCGCCUGAUCCACACACCAUAGUUUUUAAAAUGUUAUUUUACUCACAAGAGGACUUUGGAAAGGAAGAUCCUGCCCAGCAGAGCCUACAUGCGCAGACAGGACAGAGGACCCUUAAGGAUCAAUGGUCUUGUUGCCGGAAAUGGAUGUCUGGCGCAACCCCUGGAGCUAGUUUUGGGGAGGCCGCCUUGUUGACUGUGCACUGGAAAAUGCAUGUUGCUUUAUCGUGAGCUCUCGGUGCACAGUGUUGUUUCCAGGCUGAGUGGCCAAUAAAGCUGGUGCUGUCUUAAACUGUA